UCUUACGCGAAUCCAUUGCUUUGCCCACCGGUACACCGGCCAUAUACCAGACCUACAGUGCAUAAGGCGAGUGACGUCGACGCACGAUGCGGUGGUUUGCGCUGAUAUUGGUGCUUGUUGCGUUGUCUGCAGCGAGUCCCGCUCCCGAACCCAAGAAAUACAAGCCCGAAAUUAAGGAAUCCAUAACAAAUUCCAGUCUCACAAAUGAGGAAAGGCAAUUCCUUAGGGAGGUAGAAGCAAAAUUCGGAAUCAAAUCCGAUGUGCCUGUAGAUGAAGAAAAAAAUAAGUCUGAUAAAGAAACAACGAAACUACCACCCAAAGGAGACUUACCUAAAUUACCAUUCCCAGCGGUUAUUGCUAUUGAAAUUGUAAACGACACCGACUCGAAGGGAAAAGGAAAAAGGACCAUUGAUGCUAACUUGGGAUAUGGAUAUAGAACCAAUACAGGUUAUAGCUACUCCUAUUUUGGGAAGCCACAAGAAAAAGGCAAAUUUAUGUUAUAUCCGUAUUCGCAAGAAGAUAUUCCUCCAGCGCGUCCUAAUGGUCAGAAAAACCAAUACACUAAAGAAGGUUAUACAACAGCUUCACCGAAUGUAGAAAUCCAGCCUUCCCAGGCUUACGAACUCGUGCCAGUUAAAGAAGAACAUAUAAACUCGUAUGAAUACAAGAAACCUGCGACUGAAUUUAAAUCUAAUUAUGAAAACGUGAAGGGACUAGAAUCUCCUCCACCGCCACCCUAUAAACCAACACAGUCAUCACCUUCUACGUUAUAUACCACCUAUAAUGGAGAUCAUUUCUCCGGGCUGAGUGGUCAAUUUCCCUCGGUUAUGCCUAACUUCUUCGUAGAUUCGUCUCAACUCCUAAAAAGCCCUCAGUAUCAGAGUGCUGGCUUAACAUCAGAAUACAUUCGAUCUCACAGACCUCAACUGGAACAAAAAGUAGUCCCAGUGCUAGUUUUGAGAAUCCCAAGCUCAUAUCUAAAGAAUCCAUCAGCUGAAUUGUAUGCUAACUUACCACAAAACUAUCCGAUAUCACAGUAUUUGAACAAUGUUAAUUUGCAAGAGUUAGUCAAUCAGUAUUUUGCUAAGAUUGGAUAUUCAAUGGCACCUCAAAUUAUGUCUUACAACCAUUCGCCUUUAUCGUCGCCUGUAUCUGCACCAGCGGCCGCUGCGCCAGUCUCGUCUCCAGCGUCUCAAUAUGAACCCCAACACUAUGCGAACCCGUACGUUCAACCAGCUUAUACACAAGCAGAUUACUCCGGAGUUCAAUAUUCUGCAGUUCAACCUGUCAUGGCUAAAUAUCCUUCAAAGUAUUCUUCUCCUCAGUAUUACAUGGCUCCAGCUCAAGCGAUUUACCAACACCAGCCGCAGCAACAGCAGCAGUAUGAGUACCAAUACCAGUACGUUCAAUCACCCGAAGCAUAUCAACAAUAUUACGUUGAUAAUGUUGACCCUGAAUAUCAACAAAUUUCAAGCCAAACUCAUGGACAAUCGGCAGCAACAGCAGUAGACCAAGAAUCUACCGUUCAACAUGCAUCUGCUCAUGUACAGUAUGAGGAAUCGCAGGCGCCUGCCCAACAGCAAACCCAAGAGGUCCCCCAGACUCCUCACUAUAGACCACAACACCUGCAGUCACAGCAAUAUGAAGCACAAGUGGAAUAUGAGCUACCUAAGGAAGAUUCAAAAGAUGACACUCCUACAAAGAUAUCUGUGAGUUCCUACAGUACGCCUAAACCACAAUAUGGAGCUUCUCAAGAACAGCAACAGUAUUAUUCUGCUAAAGAACCCAUUCAAAAGGAAACUAUUGCAAUUUAUCCGUCAUCUCCCAAGAGUCAAACGAUACAAAGAUACCAAUACGAUCCUCAAUCAGGUCAUCAAAACUAUUAUUAUCAAAAACAAGUUGGCGAUGAUUCUGCCAGCAAAACCAUCGUCAUCUCGGAGAAUUACCCCAGUCAAGCUGACACCAUUGCUACGGUUUUGCCUUUCCAUAAAACGACGGCAAAACCAAGCAAAUCAAUGCAAUCUGUAAACUACGUUACUCCUACGCCAUUCUCCUCAAAAUACCAGUCAAGAUAUAACAUUAUGGUUCCUCAGACAGUUCUUGGAGGUGCAACUGCGUCCAAUGAGAAAGUAUCCUACGUCAAUUCUCACUCGUUACCUGCGCAUUACCUUCAAAGUGGGUCACAAUUGAAUCUUGAAGAGGAGUACACAACCGGGGCCCACCACGUACCUGCUAGGAGUUCACAGAAGGCUCCCUCCUUCCCAAGGAACUAUCACAGUCAGCCGAAGCGGAUGGUGAAACAGGAGAACAAACCAGAGAGCUCACCGUCAACAUCUUCGAGGAAACGAAACGACAAAAACGAUAAAAAGAAAUCAUCCUAGAGUAGCGAUUCUCAUGUCUAUUUAAUUUCUUAAAUACUUUUGUAAAUAUAGCGUAAUACAUAAUAGUAAGUUUAUAUGACUUAAGUUGAGAAUAGGUAGAUAUUAAAAAUUAUAACAAUUAUUUGUAAAGGAUUGAAAAAUGUGAUACAGCAGUUAGUAUUGAUGGCGUACCUGGGUAACCUUUAUUCGAAAUCGCCGUUGAAUAGUUAACAGCAUUAUACGAGUAGUAAUACGAAAAUAAGGUAAAUAAAGCCUAUGGUCUACAAUCCCAGGAAUGGAAAAGGCCGGGAUGUGCGAUAUUGGAAAAGAGCAAUAUUAUUCAUAAUAUUUGGGAGAAUUACGCAGUUAUUUAUUUUAUUACCAGACAAAAUUGUUAUGGCUGUUUCAGAGUGCAAUAUAUUGAAAUAAGGGUUCAAUAAAAUAUUUCAAUUAAAAA